AUUCGCUUGCGUCGGAAGCAAUCGGUGUGUCGUUGGGCACAAAGCAAUAGUGAACGGGUGUGCGGUAAAGUGAGAGAUAAAUUAAGCAGAUAGUGAGCAACCAGAGAAAGCGCGUCUCUAAACACCAAGCGUAUGUUGAUUAUGUAAACGUCAUUCCAGCACUGCAACCAACUUCAGGAGGCUGAUUUGUGAGUGUCUCGUGUGUCGUUGUUGUGUGUAUCUUCUCGAAAGUUGGCUACAGGCCCGCACACCGUAGUGGUAGUUUGUACGAAUGUGCGCCGUUUCGGUGUAAGUUUACAGCCGAAACCAGUAUCACCGCAUCAGGGAACGCACCACACAUCCCGGAGGUUUUCUUUUGCGUUUGCGACCGCGACACAAAACAACCUCAGCACGGCACGGCUCUUUGGAAGCAGACAGAAGAGUACUCGCGGUGCCCGUGAGGGAAGUGAUUUUGUGACAGAAAAUCUCCGCAACUCGCAGUGUUUUUUUCUUCCCCCGGCGCUUGCUAGUGGCCAUACGGUCAAUUAUCGUUUCGCGAUCGGGUUUACAAAACGGAACGAGCCACCGAAGUGAACGACACUGUUGUUUGAUGGUUUGAAUAAUUGCAUGACGUUUUGAAGACGACAACCACGGCGACGGAGUCCGACUGCACUGCAGGCAACGCUCGGCUCAAGUUCCCAAGACGCAACGUUUAGCCGGCCGCAACAGCAACCACAAUAGCAUCAUCUCAACUGCGGCGUUGUGGUUUCCACCGACACGACAUUCAAAAUAGGACCUUUUUGAACAAUGAAGGGCUGGUUUGACGCGUUCCGCGAUGACGGAGCGCCAACGCUGUACUCGUUCUCGAACCGGACCCCCGUCACCGGCGAUGUCUCCAUUGUGGCAGUUUGUGUACUGUUCGCCACCGUUUAUUUGGCGUUUCUGGUCAUAUUUCCCGGUGUAAGGAAGCAGAAAUUCACAACAUUCACCACCGUUACGUUAAGUCUGUUUGUUGGACUAGUCAUAUUAGUAAGUCGCCUUGGCUCCGGCUGGCAUGUCGCCCAAUCGACAAUCGUUGCACCGUACCGUGCAUUUUCCCGGGAGAAGCUGCCCGCCCGCAUCGGAGCACACAUUGGGCUGAUGCACAUCAAUAUAACGCUGACGGCGCUACCCGUCGGCAACUGGACACCGCCGGACAUUGAUUUCAACGAGCGGUUCAGCUGGAACCAGGCGAACGACAUGGGAAACUCGUAUCGCGAUGCACUACAGCGUGGACUGCCGUAUCCGAUUCUGACCGUGGCAGAGUACUUCAGCCUGGGUCAGGAAGGUUUCGCCUGGGGUGGCCAGUACCGUGCAGCAGGAUACUAUGCAAGCAUAUUGCUAUGGGCAUCGUUUGCCGCGUGGCUUCUGAUGAAUCUGUUGCUGGUCGCGGUACCCCGCUACGGUGCCUACACGAUGACCCUGACCGGUGCACUGCUGAUAGGGGCCAGCAUUGGAUACAGCUCUAUGCUACCGAAGCGCCCGCUGACGAUCGUUAUCGAGGGUGCACGAAUCGAUUUCCAUCUGGGGUGGUGUUUUUAUCUCGUACUCAUCGCUGGCGUGUUAUGCUUCGCGAUCGGUUUAGUCAUUUCGAUUAUUGAUCUUGUGUGGCCCCAUCGCUUUUCUACCAUCUUGGAGGUAUACUAUGACACACCGUACGAUCGGCACGUAAUUCUUGAAGAGUCUCAUGACGUUAGAUAUCGCAAGCGCAACAGCAAAGGACUAGAGGAACCACCAGGUCUAGGAUCUCGUAUCCUGAGACGUCUGUCCUCCAAAACUCGCGAUCAACAUACCGAUAAGAUGGGCAUCGAAAACCGCGGAUUCCAACACGAUGUUCCCAAGUCACCGUGGCGUUAUCCGUUCCGACGAGCCCAACAAACGCCCCCACAAGGUAUCCAGCGUACGAUUUCGCAGGACUCCACAUCUAGUAUCGCAUCCGCCGCUGCCAUGUCCCAGUCGCUCCACAAGGUGGCACUCUCGCGGAUGCUACCGAAACCUCCACUGGAACGUACUCGUGAAAUUUCCAACUGGUAGAACCAGACAGUCGUACGCCAUGUAGUGUCUUGCAUAGUGAUCGCAUCGCUGGAGUAGAGCAGUCUCGUGCGUGAUGAUCUUUAUUUGUGAUAUCUGUAAGAAUUUAUACAAACCUUUCGCGUCUAGCAAUGAUGAGUCCCAAGCAUUGUAACGAUAACCUUCUUCAAACACAUUUCCUUUUCAACUCUGUAACAUGGCCAAACAGCCGGUAACAUUAAAACACGAAACUGGCACAAAUGAAUAUGGCACAAUUCCAUUUCGUAGGGGUUUCAAUACAUAAGUUUUAUUCAAAGUGUCGCGCGAAAGAAGAGACAAAUGAUUUUGCUAAUCGUUAUAGGAUUCAUAAGAUGGAACGUGUAACAGAAAACAUAGAAGCAGACCGAAUGAUAAGCAGAUCAGUUUUAAGUUAUUUAUUGUUCCUGUACCAGUGUUAGUGAUGUAGCAGUUUCCAUAAUGCGUGACAAACGCGUAACGAAGCGCUUAUAGCGCUGAUAUAUCUUAAUCAUUGCAUUGUAAGACCGGUUUGUAAUAAUUUAAGGAAGAUUGUAAACUAUAACUUGACGAUAAAUCUGUGACAGUAAAGAACACAAGUGGACAAAUGGAAUAAACAUUCAGAU